UAAGGUUGUGCUUAUUGGAGGCAGACAAUCUUUGCUUCAGGACACAAGUGCAGGAAUUCCUCAAGUCAGUGGCCUAGGUCAAAACUAUUUUUCACCUCCCUCAUCAUCUAUGAUGACUCCUGCACCACAAAGUCAGAAGUAGGGAUGUUUGUUGAUGAUGGUACAACAUUUGCUGUCUUUGGAAACUGAAGCUGUGUCCCACUUUCUUACAAUUGAGACAGCAAGCUGUCUGAAUGGAAACACCAUGAGCACGGGAUCAGUUGGCUCUCUAUUGUACCAAGGAACCACCAAGACAUAUAACCUCCCAGUUGAACACCUGGAUUACAGCUACAUAGAAAAAUGUACCGAUGUGAAGUAUCUGGAAAAGAUUUUGAUAGUGUUAAGGUCCGGUGAGGAGGGUGUUUAUCCUGAUCUUACAGCAUUUUGUGAAAAAAAAGUUCAAGAGCUGGAUCCCAGAAGUCGAGCCCUUCGUAAAAACAAGUUACCAGCAACUGCUGCAAACUUUAGUAAAGAAGAAUGGCAAGAAAUUACCACGGAUUUUAAGAAUUGGACAGAUAAAAUGAAGCAAAAUGAAAAUGAAGAGAAAUACAGAAAAACAGCGGCUGAAGAUUUUAUUUCAGAAAACUAUGCUCCUGUUCGUGGGAUUAAUGCUUCACUUCUUUCCCACCAGAAUGGCUUUGGCGAAAAGAAAUCAACAGUAAAGAAAAGGACUACUCCCAGAGACUACAGAGAAUGGGACAAAUUUGAUGUGGAAAAAGAAUGUGCCAAAAUUGAUGAAGGCAAACAAGAAAUUAAAUCUAAAACUACCUUCAAUGAUUCAAUUUCUGGAAUAGGGAAGAAAAUUGAUACAACAGGCAUGACUGACCAAGAAAAAAUGUUCUUAGCUAAUCGGGAAAAAGACAAGGGGAAUGAAGCUUUCCGAGCUGGGGACCACAAAGAAGCUUUGCUUUACUACACCAGAAGUAUAUCAGUGAUGCCAAAUGUCACUGCAUUUAACAAUCGAGCUCAAACAGAAAUUAAGCUUCAGGAAUGGCAGAAGGCUCUAGAUGAUGUUGAAAAAGUAUUGGAAUUAGAUCCUGGCAAUUUAAAAGCAUAUCUGCGUCGUGCCACUGUUUAUAAACAUUUGGGCAACCAUCAAGCAGCAAUAAAUGAUUUGAAGAAAGUGUUGCAAGCAGAACCUGAUAAUUCUAUAGCAAAAAAUUUGCUUCAGGAACUUGAGCAGAAGCUGAAAGACUUGCAACCUCCAGUGAAAACACAGAAAAAAGGGAAUAAGAUGGUUAUCAAAGAGAUAGAGGACUCUGAUGAUGAAGAGGAAAGAAAAUGUGCAGAUAGAACUAAAGAUCCUAGUACACCGGUGGGUAGAGAGACAUCAAAGGCAAAUGCUGUCAUGGGGAACGCACAGAAAAAAUGUUCACCCACUCGAGAAAGUCAAACUACAGAGAAGAAAAGUGGCAAUGCUGCAGUAGAAAAGAACACUAAAAAAGAUACUGAUGGCAAUUUAACAGCAUUGAGGAAAACAGAACAAAGUAGACACGGACAUGAAACAAAAAGUGAAAAUGUCAAGAAUGUCACAGUUUCGGUGCCAAGAGAAGGUCAAGAAUCUCUGAGAAUUGACUCCAACGAGAUUCUUCCUCCUGGGUCAAGCUCAGAGAUAGAGAAAGGAGGGAACAAUCCAUGGGGCCUGCCUCCUCCUGUGUCAAAGCUUAAGAGCGAAGGAAAUGAGCUGUUCAAAAAUGGACAAUUUGGAGAUGCAGUGAUGAAAUACACUAAGGCUAUUACAGCGCUUUUUGAAUCAGGGGUGGAUUGCCCAGCAGAACUAAGUAUCUUGCACUCAAAUCGAGCAGCAUGCUACUUGAAAGAUGGAAAUUGCAAUGAGUGUAUAAAGGAUUGUACAAGGGCUUUGGAGCUGCAACCAUUUUCUAUAAAGCCUCUUUUGCGACGAGCUAUGGCCUACGAUUCCCUAGAGCGAUAUCGACAAGCUUAUGUGGAUUAUAAAACAGUCCUUCAGAUAGAUAAUAGGAUCCAGGUUGCAAAUGACAGUGUCAACAGGAUAACUAAAGCAUUAAUAGAAGAAGAUGGAUCAAAGUGGAGGGAAAAGUUGUCACCAAUCCCAGUGGUCCCCAUUUCUGCACAGAUCCACAAAGGGGAAGAUGAUUCUACAACCACUGUACUUGGAAACAAGUCUCAAAUUACCAAUGGAAGCCAAAAUAAAGUUCCUAACUGUAGCAAUAACACAACACAUCCAGACCUAGGUAAAAAUAUAGAAGAGCGUUUUAUUUCCUUGAAGCAGGAAGGGAACAGUUUUGUGAAAAGGACACAGUACAACGAAGCCAUUGCAAAGUACAGUGAAUGCUUAAAACUGAAAUCCAAUGAGUGUGCAAUUUACACAAACAGAGCAUUAUGUUAUCUGAAACUUAAUCAAUAUAAGGAGGCUGAAGAGGAUUGUAACACAGCUCUGCUGGUGGAGCCUACGAAUAUAAAAGCAUUGUAUCGAAGGGCUCUGGCUUAUAGAGGAUUGAAAAAUUACACAGCUAGUAUCGAUGAUCUGAGUACACUACUGGAAUUUGAUUCAAGUGUUACUGAGGCACGGAAAGAAUUGCUGGAGGUUUCUGAAAUUUUGGAAAAAUUGGGAACAAGAGGAUCUCUCUCCAAGACUAGCAGUCAAGAAAAGCAGAGAAAAAAUAUCCAGAUACAAGAGGUUGCUGAUAGUGAUGAAGAGGAGAAUGAAGUUAAAACUACUACUGAACAUGGAAGUAUACCCAAUCUUAAUGUUGGGCAAGUGGACUCAAUAAUAAAUGAGUGUCCUUCAAACAAACAAGAAGUGUUUGGAAAUUCUCAUCCACCAUCAGAAAAAAGGAUUAAUUUAGAGCCCACAAAUGCAUAUGAAUUUGGCCAAGCACUGAAUGUGUUGCAGGCUACGAAUGAUCUUGCUGGAUGUGCAGAACUGCUAAGGAAUGUAGAACCAGAAGACCUACCAUCCAUGAUGAGCAAUAAACUGGAAGCUGAUGUGUUCACUAUGAUUAUUCAGGCUUUGAAGGGACACCUUUUGGAAAAGUAUCCCAACCUUGUGUAUCGGCAUCUUGUUCAUCUGUGCAAAGCAGAAAGAUUUAAGAUUGCAUCAGUGAUCGUUGGUAAAGAAAGGGAUCAAGUGGGACAACUCUUUAGCAAUCUCUUACAGAUGAAGAGCACUGAGUUCACCUCUGAAGAUGUACAAAAUCUAGCAAGAAACUAUGAUAUAUAAUAUUUCUUUUAGGUGUCAAAGUUAAUAUAUAACAUGCAACUCAGGUGGUUAGAAACUAUGGAAAUUGUAUAGCGUGCAAUCCACACACUUUUCUACUCACUUCUGCAUUCUUAAUUCUUCCUUGAAAUUAAAAAAUGACCUAAAACUCUUUCACUAAUGUACCUUCCUACACCUACACCCCAUUCAAGUACAUUUCAUUCAUCUAAAGGAAUGAACUAUUUGAUAACCUGCGAUCAUUUACUUAAAAGGGCACUGUCAUUUUCAAAGUUGUGACCUCAUUUCUCAAAUAAACCAGCAAGACCCAUCAAUUCCUCAUGUUGAACAUACAUUUUGUGUUUCCAUUGGUAAAACAAGGACAAAAAACACUUACUUUGUUGUUUGUUAUUAACUCUGUUCUACUUCUCAUACUUUAGUUUUAGAUUUUUACAAAGCCAAGUUUCAGAAUAGCUUUAUUUAAAAGACUUCCUUUGGUUAGUCCUUUAUUAGAAUAAAAUUUUUUAUGCUUGUCGAUUGCUUGAUGAAGAAUAUUAAUUUAUUCAUGAUCAAAUUGGAAUUAGGCAUACUUGCUGAGUCGAUGAUAAAACCUUGAACUUUAAAUGUAGAUUGCAGUAAAUCUGUAGUCAUGUACAGCUAUACAAGAUAUUGCCUGUCUGUGAUAAAACUAUGCACCGUGAUGCAAUCUCCUAUUUAAGGUCAAGGAAUUGCAAAAAUUGCUCCAGCCUGUUAUAUUUAUGCACUGAAGGAAUAAACUGUACUUUUAUUGAUACCUCUACUUCUUUCCAAAGGAUUUUUGCUUAGUGAUUUUGCAAGAUGUUUCUAAUUUAGAGCCUUGCUUGACAAAAUAUAUCCUAAACCAUGAUGCUGACUUGUAUAAUCACUUCAUUGUCUUAACAUCAGAAUUGAAUUCAGUUUCAAAAUUGCUUUCUUCUAACCGUUAUAAUAUGUGGGAGUCUAUUAAGUCACCUUUGCUGCUGCCCUUUCAGAAACCAGUCCACAAUGAAUGCGAAGUGCAAGAACAUUUGGUACAGUAUUACAACAUGCAAUUGAAAGGGUAACACUGCAGUGCAGGAAGCAACCAUAAUUUACAAGGGCAGUUGAGCUGACCUGCUGAUACAUAUAAACCAUGGCCCAAAAGCAGUUAGGUGAAGGUAUGGUAGCUCCCAUCCAAGGCGAGUACUUAGAAAUGACUGCAGCCAGAUUAGUUGUACAAUUAAACUGUUCUAGGUAACUCUAGAUAGACAAAAAUAACAGCCUUGCAGGAACAGAACAGGAAACAGGCUAAAACAGUAGGCACAUUGCAAGGCUAUUCAUGCUGCGAUGCAUUGGCUUCAAAGUUUUGUCAUCCACUUCCCAUUGUUAAAUAUUUUAUCAGCUAAGUAAUGAUUGGAAAACCACUGAAGAUGGAAAAAUAAAAUGAAUGCCUUUAAAUGGA